AUGUCGAAGAAGAUCCUCGUCGUAUUCACCUCGCACACCCAGCUAAUCGGCUCGGACCACCCCACCGGCUACUACCUCCCCGAGAUCGCCCACCCGUACUACCUGCUCAAGGAUGCCGGCUACGAGCUUGUCGCUGCCUCGCCCAAGGGCGGUGAGGCUCCGCUGGACAAGAGCUCCGUAGAGGCGUUCAAGAACGAUGAUGACUCGGUCAAGUUCCUCAACGACUCUGCUGCCCAGCAGUGGGUGUCCAACACCCGUCCGCUCUCCGAGUUCUCUGCCGACUCGGUCAAGGACUUUGCUGCCAUCUUCUACCCGGGUGGCCACGGUCCUUGCUUCGACCUGCCCGUCGACGCUACCUCGCAGGAGCUCAUCCGCGCGUUCUACGAGGCUGGCAAGCCCACCGCCGCCGUCUGCCACGCUCCCGCCGUCUUCACCGACGUCAAGCUCUCCGACGGCUCGUACCUCGUCAACGGCAAGAACGUCACCUGUUUCACCAACGAAGAGGAGGAACAGGCAGGCCUCACCAAGGCCAUCCCCUGGCUCGUCGAGUCGCGACUCAUUGAGCGCGGCGCAAAGUUCGACAAGGUCCAGCCUUGGGGCGAAAAGGUCAUUGUCGACAAGUCUGGCGGCAUCCUCAUUUCGGGACAGAACCCCGCAUCUGCCCUCGGCGUCGGAAAGGAGAUCCUUGCCGCCCUCAAGGCCUAA